CAAUUAUUUGAGAUAAGAUUGAAGGUAGAAUUCACUAACCAAUAUUACUCAAAUCUAUUUCAUUUAUCAUUCUGAUUAUAAAUUUUAAUUGCAACAGUCAACAUGAAACAAAACCUAACAUUUGCUACUCUUUGGUCAGAUGAUAAUGAUUUCAUGUCAAUCGUUCAUCCACAUUGGCAUAAAUUUACUCAACCUGAUCCAUUAUAUUACUAUCUAGUAGGAAUUUAUAUUGGUAUUGUUGGUAUAUUAGCAGUAAUGGGAAAUUCUUUGGUAAUUACAUCAUUUCUUUUAUGUAAACAAUUACGAACACCACCAAAUAUGCUAAUAGUUAAUUUAGCUAUUUCUGAUUUUUCUUUUGCACUUAUCAAUGGUUUCCCACUAAAAACAAUCGCUUCAUUUAAUCAACGUUGGGGAUGGGGUAAAUUAGCUUGUGAGUUAUAUGGAUUUGCUGGUUCAAUAUUUGGAUUUAUUUCAUUAACAACAAUGGCUUUUAUUGCUUUGGAUAGAUAUUUAGUAAUUUCACAACCAUUUAAAGCAUUUUCACGUAUCACUUAUGGAAAAGUUAUAGUUAUGAUUUUUAUCACAUGGAUAUGGUCAGCAUUAUGGUCAAUUCCACCAUUUUUCGGUUAUGGAAGUUAUAUACCUGAAGGUUUUCAUACAUCUUGUACUUUUGAUUACCUGUCAACCGACUUACCGAACUUAAUAUUCAAUGCAGGAUUAUACAUAUUGGGAUUUCUUUGUCCUGUAUUUAUUAUAAUCUUCAGUUACUAUCAAAUUGUUAAAACAGUUAGACUCAAUGAAUUAGAAUUAAUGAAAAUGGCACAAUCAUUAAAUGCACAAAAUCCAUCAGCUAUGAAAACAGGUGAUAAGAAGGCAGAUAUUGAAGCAGCUAAGACGUCUAUUAUUCUUGUUCUUCUGUAUUUAAUGUCAUGGUCUCCUUAUGCCAUUGUAUGCUUAAUGACACUAGUUGGAAGUAGAGAUUCGUUAACUCCAUUUCACUCUGAGCUCCCUGUGUUAUUUGCAAAAACAUCUGCUGUAUACAAUCCUAUUGUAUAUGCAGUCAAACAUCCUAAAUUUCGUUUGGAAAUCGAGAAACGUUUUCCAUUUCUUAUUUGUUGUUGCCCACCUAAACCAAAGGAACGAUUACAAAAUACAAUAGUAUCAAAAAUCCAGGUUUCACAGAUUGGAAUUAGUACUACCAGUGGGGGUAAUGAAAAUACAUUGAACACAGUAAAACAAGAAGAUUAACAAACGUUAAAAAUUUGUCACGGCCACAUUAAAAUGAAUCUAUGAAAACUGACUUAAGGCAUAAAACAAUGAUUAGAAUAAGGAAAAC